CUAAAAUGUUGUGAUUCUGUUAGCGUCAUUGACAACGGAGCUUUAAUUCUGACAGUUACAGCAAUGGAAAUAUUAACGCUAUUUGUAUGAGGACAGUAACAACAUUAUGAACCGCUUUACUGUAAUAAAACUCCCAUAAAGAAGUUUUGUUUUUGCUCGAAGGAUCGGUGUUUUGCUUGGUAGUAAGGUCUGAACAUCAGUGACUCCCAAAAUGCCAUAAAUGAUAGUUAUACGUGAAGUUACCCAUUCAUAUCUACCAGGUUUUACGCGAAAAUGAAUCAAGCAAAAACAGCUAAAGAAAGGGUUUGCUCUUCGAUAACACAAAAGAAGCUCUUCAAAGAAAACAAAAGGAUAACCUUUGGAAACAGGAGAAAGGCCACAGAUGUGAGAGUGUUGGCAGAGAGGAACCCGGCUGUGGCGCCUGUGGGUGUUUGGGUGGAGAGCGGAGAUGAGAGUCAGGAGCAUCCCGCGGUCCGGGCUUUGCUCACAGAAGAGCUUCUAGAGGAGACCAGACGAGAGAAAGAGGAGAGUCUGCGCCGAUUUCAGGAUGCAGUUCGUGAACGUGUGUCGCAGCAGACCCGUCUGCGCAAACAACAGCAGCUGCUGAAAUCAUACGAGACGGUUGAGUGUGAGAGCAAAGUAUUGCAACAAACCAUCAAAGCAGCCUAUCGUCUUACACCUCAAACCAAUUUAUUCCCUUCCUGGACACAUGGGGAACAAGCAAUCUGCAGUCCCAGCUCUCGCUGUGUCAGCGCUCUGGGGACGGAGGCUGUUUCUUCACAUCACCAUACACAUAAUGUCAGUAAAGCCAGGAAGCAGGUGAGACACAGACUAGCUGCUCGUCAGACAGUGCAAGAGGGUGAUGAACUCUCACAGCUACCUGGUGGGAGAUGGAAAAGAUCCACAGCUAGAGAAAAACCUGAAUCACACACUUGGAAAGAUCAGAAGAAUUAUACUGAAAGUACAAAUGAUGGAGGAGAGGAAAACGAGCAGGAUGUUGAAGUAGAAGAUGAGAUGCUGUUGGGGCAGCAUGAUCAACCUCUUCAUUUGCAUCGCCACAGAAGCAAGACUGUAACUUUUCAGAAUGAUAUGGUGUAUGAGCCAGAUCCCACUGUUUCCUUCACAACUGACUACAGAGCUUCCCAAGUGCUUUGGCCUCAUGAGAAUCAGGAGGAGGUGAAGAGGCAGAGACAGUCUCAGUUCCUCAUGUAUCGACGCCACUUCAUGGACAUUGAGCGAGAGCAAGUGAAGGAGCACCAAAGGCACAGGAAACAUCUGAAGAGAACUGCAAGGAUUAAGAAUGAAAAAGAACAACUCAGGAAAGCAGAGGAGAAGAAGAUGGAGAGGCAGCGACAGCAGGAGGAAGAAAGAAAAGACAUGGCUGAGAGGGAGUAUUUGAUUUUGGAGCGAUUGAGGCUUGAUGAGGAGGAGGCAGCGGAGAAGGUAGUGAGACGAGAGAAAUCAAAGAGGAACAAAGAAAGCAAACGGUACAUUGAGGCCAUGCAGGCUCUAAUGAAAGAGAAGCUGGAGAAGGAUAAAAUAGAACUGCCUCCUCUGUGCUGCUGUGGAGACUCUUUCUGGGACAGCCAUCCGGAUACCUGCGCCAACAACUGCAUCUUCUACAACAAUCCGAAAGCAUAUUCUCAGGCUCUGCAGUCUGUCAUGUUAAGCUGUGAUCUAAAGGAAGGAGGCUUUGGACAGCAUUCGUCCACCUGGAAGGCGUCCUCUAUAGAUGUCCAUUUUCAAAGGAAGUGAUUGUAUUCCAUCUUUAGAGUCAUUAUUGAACAUGUUUUAAGACUGGACAGCCUGAAGUGUUAUAUUGUAUUAAUGUAAUGAUUUCAUGGUGUGAUAUUUUUUUAUUGUUCUCAUAGAUGGUUUUAAAAUACCUGACAUACCUCUAUGUAAUUUUUUACAGCAUUUUUGCUGUUUUAAUAAACCUUACUAAAC